AUGGACGACUCAAUCAUUGACGAUGACUCCAUCUUUAACAUCAGUGAUGAUGAUAACUCAGAGUUUGAGCCCGAAAAGCCUGCCCCGAAAACCAAGGCCAAGCCAGCUCCUAAGAAGGCCGCAGCCAAACCCGCAGCCAAGAAGGCGACUACAGUGAAGCCCAAAGCCAAGACGGCUGCGGCCAAGAAGAAGGCCAAGGCUGAUACCGAAGACGAAAUGUCCGACGCUCACAUGUCCGAUGACGAUGCCGACUCCCUGCUCUCCCAGACUCCUCCCAAGGCGAAGAAGGCCGCUGCUCCCAAGAGGGCCGGCUCGAAGCCUCUAGCUGAUGUGGAAAACGAGUCCUUUGGGGGAGAUGGCACCUCCGAGCCCCCCAAGGAGAAAGGCAGCGCGUCAGAGAAGUACCAGAAACUUACACAACUCGAACACAUUACCAAACGUCCCGAUACAUACAUUGGCUCGGUCGAACGUACGACUCAACACAUGUGGGUUUACAACUCCGAAUCAGAGUCCAUGGAGUUCCGCCCUGUGUCCUACGUUCCCGGUCUGUACAAGAUCUUCGAUGAGAUCGUUGUCAACGCCGCCGAUAAUAAGCAGAACGACAAGAACAUGAACGAAAUCCGAGUGACAAUCAGCCGUGAGCAGGGUGAAAUCAGCGUCUGGAACAACGGACGUGGUAUCCCCAUUGAAAUCCACUCCAAGGAGCAAAUCUACGUUCCCGAACUCAUCUUCGGCCACCUUUUGACCUCGUCCAACUAUGAUGAUGCCCAGCAGAAGGUGACUGGUGGUCGUAACGGUUUCGGUGCCAAGCUUUGCAACGUUUUCUCCACCGAGUUCUCCAUUGAGACCCAGGAUUCGCGCCAGAAGAAGAAGUACAAACAGACCUGGACGGAAAACAUGACCAAGAUGGGCAAGGCAAAGAUCACCGAGGCCAAGGGCGAUGACUACACCAAGGUCACGUUCAAGCCUGAUUUUGCCAGGUUCGGUAUGGAGGGCAUUGACGAUGAUUUUGAGGCCCUCGUGAAGCGCCGAAUCUACGACUUGGCGGGUACAGCUGGCGUUGCUGUCAAGCUGAAUGGUACUCGUGUUCCCAUUCGCAAUUUCCGCAAAUACAUGGAGAUGUACACCAAGGCUAUCCGCAAGGAGCGUGGCGAUGAAGGCCCCGCUCCCAAGGAUGAGAUCAUCACCUGUAGCCCCGAUCCUCGUUGGGAGAUUGGUUUUGCUGUUUCGGAUGGUGCUUUCCAGCAGGUCUCGUUCGUCAACUCCAUCGCCACCACAUCCGGUGGUACUCACGUCAACUACAUUGCCGACCAGAUUUGUAAUCGCUUGGCCGAACAGGUGAAGAAGAAGAACAAGACUGGUGCUACUCUGAAGCCGGCUCAGAUUCGAAACCACAUCUUCAUCUUUGUGAAUGCUCUUAUUGUCAACCCGGCUUUCAACUCGCAGACGAAGGAGCAGUUGACUACCAAAACUAGUCAGUUUGGUAGCAAGUGUGUUCUUGAGGAAGACUUCUACAAGAAAGUCCUCAAGACUGAUGUAAUGUCUAAUAUCCUGCACUUUGCCGCCCAAAAGGCAGACCAGAUCCUGAAGAAAGGUGAUGGCGGUCGUCGCACGCGUAUGAACAACCCCAAGCUGGUCGAAGCUAACAAGGCCGGUACCCGUGAGGGCCAUCACUGCACCCUGAUCCUCACUGAGGGUGACUCCGCCAAGGGUUUGGCUAUGGCUGGCCGUGCGGUCGUUGGUCCCGAUCUUUUCGGUGUUUUCCCUCUCCGUGGAAAGCUGCUCAACGUCCGUGAUGCUUCGUUCGAUCAAAUUUCCAAGAACCAGGAGAUUCAGAACAUCAAGAACUUCAUCGGACUGCAACACAAGAAGGAGUACACUGAAACGAAGGGUCUCCGAUAUGGUCACCUCAUGAUCAUGACUGAUCAGGAUCAUGACGGUAGUCACAUCAAGGGUCUGCUCAUCAAUUUCCUCCAGGCACAGUUCCCCAGCUUGCUGAAGAUCCCCGAGUUCUUGAUUGAGUUCAUCACUCCUAUCAUCAAGGUCUGGAAGGGUGACCCCAAGAACCCGUCCAAAUCGCGGUCCUUCUUCACUAUGCCUGAAUAUGAGGCGUGGAAGGAAGAACACAAGGAUGAGCGAGGAUGGGACCACAAGUACUACAAGGGUCUGGGAACCAGUUCCACGGAAGAUGCCCAGAUUUACUUCCGCGAUCUCGAUCGCCACUUGAAGGAGUUCCAUACCAUGCAGGACCACGAGGCCGCCCUUAUCGAGCUUGCUUUCUCGAAGAAGAAGGCUGACGAACGAAAGGAGUGGCUGCGCCAAUUCAAGCCCGGCACCUACCUUGAUCACUCCAUGGCGAAGAUCUCCUACACGGACUUCAUCAACAAGGAGUUGAUUCUGUUCAGCAUGGCUGACAACCAGCGAUCUAUCCCAUCCGUAGUCGAUGGUUUGAAGCCUGGUCAGCGCAAGGUCUUGUAUACUUGUUUCCGCCGUAACCUGAAGAAAGAUAUGAAGGUCGUCGAGUUGGCAGGUCUUGUUUCUGGAAUGACCGCCUACCAGCAUGGUGAUACCUCGCUCCAGCAGACUAUUGUCGGCCUGGCUCAGACUUUCGUCGGUUCAAACAACAUCAACACUCUGGAACCCAGUGGUAACUUUGGUAGUCGACUCCAAGGUGGUGGUGACUGUGCCAGUGCUCGUUACAUUUACACUCGGCUGUCACCCUUUGCCCGAAGGGUUUUCCAUCAAGCCGACGACCCGCUUCUGGCCUACAAUGAGGAUGAUGGCAAGAAGAUUGAGCCCGAAACUUACAUGCCCGUCGUGCCUAUGAUUUUGAUCAACGGUGCUGAUGGUAUCGGAACUGGUUGGAGUUCUUCUAUCCCCAAUUACAACCCGGAGGACAUUGUGGCGAACUUGAACCGCCUGAUGGAUGGCCAGGAUACUGUUCCAAUGCAACCAUGGUUCCGUGGAUUCACUGGUGAGGUGGUGGACCUGGGCGGUGAUCGCUUCAAGUUCAGCGGUAUCAUCAAGGAGACUGGUGACAAGGAGGUUGAGAUCACCGAGUUGCCCAUCCGUACCUGGACUCAGGACUUCAAGGACAAGUUGGAGGAUAUCAUCAAGGCCGAGAAGGUGCCUUCUUUUAUCAAGGACUACAAGGACUACAACACUCACAGCAAGGUCCAUUUCGUAAUCCAGCUUGAUGAGAAGAACAUGAAGGCCACCACCUCGGAGGGCUUGGAGGAGAAGUUCAAGCUUUCCAAGACAAUCGCAACCAGUAACUUGGUUGCCUUUGAUCCUGAGGGCCGCAUCACAAAGUACGCUACCGUCGAUGACAUUCUCAAGGAGUUCUUCGCCGUGCGCCUCAAGUACUACGAGCGACGCAAGCAGCACCAGCUCUCCGAGCUCCAGAAGGAUCUCGAGAAGCUGAGCAACCAAGCUCGCUUCAUCAUGAUGAUCAUUGAGGGCACUCUGGUCAUUUCCAAGAAGAAGAAGUCCGUCUUGGUCCUCGAGCUGAAGGAGAAGGGCUUCAAGCCGAUCGCCAAGAUUGCCGACGCUGCCAAAUUGGGCGAGGACGAACCUGCGAUGGAAGACACCGAGGAGGUCGGCGACAAGGAUGUCGAAGUGCUUUCCAGCUCGUACGAUUACCUUCUCGGCAUGCCCAUGUGGUCGCUCACCCAGGAGCGUGUCGAGAGACUCCGUCGCCAGAUUGGUGACGUCGAGAUAGAUAUUGAUGCUCUGAUCAAGUUGUCCAAGGAGGAUAUCUGGAAGAAGGACCUCGAGGAGUUCAUCAACGAGUGGCGCUUCCAGCUUGAGGAUGAGGAGCGUCGUCUGCGCAAGGCGCAGAACAUGGGCCGCCGGGCUUCGUCUAAGCUCAUGACCGGUGGAGGUCGUGGCGCCGCUGCCGCACGUAAGCGCAAGGCUGCUACUGGAGAUGACCCUGAUGAUGCAGACUUUGCGGCACCAAAGGCAAAGAAGACGGCUGCAGCCAAGAAGAAAGAACAGCCGGUCAACAGCCUGGCUAACUUCCUCAACAAGACAGCGUCCAAGGAGCCUACACCAAGCGGUGACGGAGCUGGUGGUUCUGAUGACGACUUUGAUAUGGAAAUUCUGCCUAAGAAGAGCCGUACUGCGGCAAGUACCGCGGCAAAACCAAAGCCCAAGCCCGCGCCUAAGACAGAGGACGAUGACUUCGAUCUUGAGGAAGUCCCUGUAACUGGGUCUUCCCGUGCGUCAGUCCAACCUGCCGCCGAUCCUAUGGAUCUUGACGACGAGGAACCUGCUCCAAAGGCGAAGCCGGCAGCCAAGCGCGGACCCAAGCCGAAGGCAAAGCCUGCUGACGAUUCCGAUGAUGACUUCCUUGAGAUCGCGCGGGCGUCAUCCAAGCAGGCAGCCCCGACUGGUCGCGCUCGCAAGCCUGUCAAGUACACCGCAAUUAGUGACUCUGACAGCGACAAUGGGGAUGACAUGCUGGGCGACGUGAGUCAGAUGGUCAAGGGUAUUGGCGGCGAUGAUUCGAACGCUAAACCUUUGAUCUCGGAGCGCUCUCGUGCCGGCAGCAGUGCCAGCCUCAUGGCUCCGAGCAAGUCCAAGGUCAACGAGUUUGAUCCAGACGAGACCGACUACAGCAAGCUCGUGCCGCAGAACUCUCCGCGUCGCUCAAUUCAGGUCAAGCCCAAGGAUGUCUCGAGGAUUGAGGACGAUGACGAUGAGGAAGAGGAGGAUGAGACACCUGCCAAGCCCGCGCCGAAGACCAAGGCUGCCCCUAAGAAGGCUGCUGCUGCUGCUGCUCCCAAGGCUCGUGGUCGCCCAAAGAAGGACGCCGCGCCUACCCUUUCUCCCGCUGCAAAGGGAUAUGCCUCUAAGUUGGCCAAGACCAGCAAGGCCUCCAAGAAGGCCGCAGAUGACGACUUCUCCGAGGACGACAUCGACGCCAUGGCCAACGACAUUCUCGAUUCCCCAGCGGGCAAAAUGGACAUCUCGGAUGACGAGCCCGCUCCUCGACGUGCGGCCGCCAUCCGUCCCUCUCGUCGUACCGCUGCGGCGACCAAGAAGAGCUAUGUGAUUGAGGAAGAUAGCGAUGAGGAGGAAUCGGCUGAUGAUUUUGAGGAGGAUGAGAGUGACUAG